AUGGUGUUGACAUUUCUAGUGCAUCAGCUCCGAAUCUUUAAUCGACUGGGUUGGGAUUCUUCUAGUUCGAUGCUUGCGGUUUCACCAGCUUGUCGGUUGGUUGAAUCUCCAUCUUUUGCAGUUGGAAUGGCUAGUUCUCCUCCCAUGAUUCCUGAUUUUGUAGGUGACGGUGAAUCGGAUCGAGUUGAAAAUGCAAUGCGAGAGGAUGAUUCGGACGAGGAGCCUAUAGACAUAGUUGGGGACAAAACAUCUUCCACAUUUCUCAACCUUGAACUUGGAAGCUAUGGGGCAACAACCGGACGUAGAUUCUACCUUUGGGGUCAGAGAUUGCAUGAUAGAAUCGCUCCUACAGAAUUUCAAAUUGGGCAAUUUUUCCAAAAUAAAGAGGAAGCAGUGUUGAGUGUAAAGAGUUAUAACAUCCAUCGUGGAGUUAAGUACAAGGAUACAUGGGAGGUUAGAAGGUAUAAUAGACCUCACACUUGCUUGGCUACAUUGAUUUCAAGCGAUCACCAGCAGCUUGAUUAUCACGUCAUUUGUGUGAUGAUCUUUCUGUUGGUUAGAUCCGAUGCUCCAGUUACGAUAAAGGGGUUGCAGCAAGCUACAGAAGCAACGUAUAAUUUUAGACCUACUUACAGGAAAUCCACCAUAGUCGAAACCAUUAUAGUGUUGAAAACUUCUCCGGUAAGAGUUGGUGAUCAGAUUGAUGAAUCUACAAUAUACUUUCAUCAUAUUUUCUGGAUAUUUCCUCUUUGUAUUGAGGCCUUUAGACAUUGCAAGCCAAUGGUGAGCAUUGAUGGUACUCACUUGUAUGCCAAGUAUGGGGCACUUUGCUUCUGGCUAUCGCGCAAGACUAAAACUCGAAUAUUUUGUCCAUUACAUUUGCACUUGUGGAAAGAGAAAAUGUUGAGUCGUGGUCUUCUUGUGAUCUUUGAUAGGCACAAUGGCAACAAUGUUGCUCUGGAGGUCCCUGAUAGUGAUUGGCUACUUCCUCGUGAUUAUCAAGCAUUCUACAUUUGUCAUAUUGCAGCAAACUUCUCUCUGAGUUUCAAGAAUUAG